UGGAGGAGGAUAAGCCUAUUCUACUGGACAGAGUGGAGAGAUUCUCUGGUUUAGGGUUUUUGAGUGUAUUCCUCUAUCCUUCCUUUUCUUUUCCGUCCGGAUAUGGCUACCAUUUCCACUUUCUACCCUUACAAUCCCGUUCGACCUGCUUCUUCUCCUUCCUCUUUGGCUUCGACUUUGAGCAAGUGGCAUUUGGUCUCAAAAUCUCGUCGGGGAAGAGGAGCGCGCAAGUUCGUGGUGCUUGCGGCGCAUUCCAACCCUAAGAUUCUGAAGACUAAUCGGAAAUCGAGGUUCGGGCAGGCGCUAUCACCGUACGACAGCGAUGCUGAUGAUGAAGCAUUGGAAGACGAGGAUGAGGACGAUGAUGAUGAUUGGCUAUCUGAUGAAGAAUUUGCGGAGCCUGCUGACUUCGAUUCUAAUGACAAGAAAUUUAAGUCAAAGAAAAUAGAAGUAAAAGAUUGGCGACAGGAAAAAGGGUGGAAGGUGAGAUCAUUGGAAAGCUCUAAAAUGGUAAAAAGUGAGAAAGUGGUAUCCUUUGAAUCAAAUAGCAGUGUAAAGGUUGGUAGAAAUUUAAAGGAGAACAAAUAUCCUCGAUUGUCUGAGGAGAUAAAUUUGGAUAAGAAAUGGAUUCCACUUCUGGAUUACUUAAGCACAUUUGGAAUCAAGGAAUCACACUUUAUCCAAAUGUAUGAAAGGCAUAUGUCCUCACUUCAAAUCAAUGUAUGUUCUGCACAGGAAAGGUUAGAAUACUUAAUGAGUGUUGGUGUCAAACAUAGAGAUGUAAGAAGAAUCCUUUUGAGACAACCACAAAUUUUGGAGUACACUGUGGAGAGCAAUUUAAAGACUCACGUUGCAUUCUUGAUGGUGGGAAUUCCAAAUUCCAGAGUAGGGCAAAUCAUUGCUGCUGCUCCAUCCCUGCUUUCUUAUAGUGUUGAAAAAUCUUUAAAACCAACAGUAAGAUAUUUAGUUGAGGAAGUUGGGAUCAAGGAAAAGGAUCUGAGUAAAGUCAUUCAGUUGAGCCCACAAAUUCUCGUUCAGCGUAUUGACAUUUCCUGGAAUAUUCGGUAUAUGUUUCUAACCAAAGAGUUGGGAGCACCCAGAGAUAGCAUAGUGAAGAUGGUGACCAAACAUCCUCAGCUUCUCCAUUAUAGCAUAGAUGAUGGAUUACUGCCUAGGAUUAACUUUCUGAGGAGCAUAGGAAUGAAAAAUUCAGACAUCUUAAAAGUCUUGACUAGUCUUGCACAGGUCCUUUCCCUGUCCCUGGAGGAGAAUCUAAAGCCCAAGUACUUGUAUCUGGUAAAUGAACUUCAGAAUGAAGUUCAAUCCUUGACCAAAUAUCCAAUGUACUUGAGCUUGUCUUUGGACCAGAGAAUACGUCCUCGUCAUAGGUUCUUGGUUUCUCUGAAGAAAGCUCCAAAAGGACCAUUCCCACUUGGAUCACUGGUCCCAACUGAUGAAUGCUUUUGUGAGCAGUGGGCAGGGACUAGUUUGGAUAAGUAUUUGGCUUUUCGUCAGAGACUUUUAAUCAAGAAAUUUGCUGAAAAGUAUGAAAAAUCAAAAUAAAGCGUGUUAGUCCACUUGCAUGAGUACUGGAAGAGCAGUCUCUUGCAAGUGAUAAUACUAGAAACCUACAAGUUGUUGAUAUAAUCGUCCAUGAUGGUUGCCAUAGUGGCUGAAGCUCAAUCACUCUAGUUCAUUCGGCAAUUUUUUGUGCUGCUCUGUACUGAUGUUUCAUGACGUUCAAAUUUCUGUUGAAUCUUCCCUGUAAUGGCUCAAGCUCAACUUCUUCUGUGAAAGUUGACUGGUAUCGUAUUUGUCAAAGUCAGAUGGUUGUUUUCAAAGUCCUUGGUAUCAGAAAGGCAGAGCACAUGAUGUUGAGGUUGUGGACUAUACUGCAAGCAAGCUGUCUAAAUCAAAUAAGGAAGCUGCUGUAAUUUAACGAUCCUUCCUACAAAUGUUGUGGUUGCUACCUCCUCUUUUACCUUUUUUCUGGCAAUAAUGCCCUCAAUGAAUUAUUUUUUCCUUCCAUGCUUUUGUAUAUCUCAUAUAGAGGGGACUUCUGUUGUUAUACAUGCCCCUAAACUCACAAGAGAAAUAAGAACUAUAGUAACAUGAGAAACAAAAAUCAUAUUUGAGCUUUUGGUAUUUACACAACAAACUGUUAUCACAUUUGCAUGGUUUUGUCACAGAA